CAUGUCGGACAAAGAUUGAAAUAAAUAACACAGGUUACCUUUCUUGACCAAAAAAAUUAAAAAUUGCAUCAAUUCCUAACACAAGGUCUGAUAUCUUCAUCCAAACCUCCAUUAUCAUAUUUCCAAUUGACGAUCCACUGUACAAAAUCAAUAGCCCAAAAAGAAAACCCUAAACAAAAGAAAGAAACCUCCUUGACCAAAAUAAUAUACAGAGAAAAGAUUCAAUCGAUGGGAAAGAUCGCAAGUUUCUCAGAUCUUCUUGGAAGAAUCAAAGACAGAGCUUCUCAGAGCAAAGCCGCCUUGGUCUCAAACCCUAAAACACUCUCUUUCCACUUACCCGUCCUCCGAGCCACCACCCACGACCCAUCCACGCCGCCGCAUCACAGCCACGUCGCCGCCGUACUCUCCGCAGGAAACGGGUCACGUGUCACGGCGGCCGCGGCGGUAGAGGCGGUGAUGGACCGGCUCCACACCACGGGCGACGCGUCGGUGGCUCUCAAGUGCCUAAUCAUCGUCCACGAAGUGGCGAGGCACGGCGGAUUCAUUCUACAGGACCAGCUCUCGGUUUUCCCAGCGACCGGUGGCCGGAAUUAUCUGAAGCUUUCCGGCUUCCGGGACGAGAAGUCGCCGUUGAUGUGGGAGCUCUCUUAUUGGGUCCGGUGGUACGCUCUGUACCUGGAACAGCUCUUGUCGAGCUGCCGAAUUCUGGGAUUCUUCCUGUCUUCAACGUCGAGCGCUGCCCAGAGAGACGACGAAGACGAGAAACUCUCGUCUCUCUCGAACACGGACAUUCUCGGAGAGAUCGACGCGCUCGUUUGUCUUCUCGAAGUUGCCUGUAAAAUCCCAGAUCUGACCUUACCUCAGGGCAAAAACCUCGCCGAGGAAAUCACCAGAUUCGUCGGCGAGGACUGCAUCUCGUCGAUCGACAAGCUCUUCAGCAGAAUCAACGAGUUCAGACAGAGAUCGAGCGACAUAGGCUUCGGAGACUCGGUCGAACUGGUCUGUGCUUUGAAACGGAUCGAGAGUUCCAGAGAGAAGUUAUCUGGGAUCUGUUGCGGGAAGAGAGUUUGUGUCGAUGGCUUCUUCUGGGAUUUGGUGAGCGAGGUGAAGGGCAUGGUUGGUGAAUUCGGAAUGGAUUAUGGGCAAAAUGGUAAAAUGAUUGUUAAUGUAGGCAAGAGAGGGUUGGCCCGCAUGGGUACCCAGUCGGCCCGGUUCAGUGACCGGGUUAUUCCGGGUUAUGUAGAUUCGGUUCGUUUUAAUCACCAACAUUUUUUGCUAUAGUUCGGUUUGAUUUUCCGGUUUUCGCUCCAAUUCAUAGUUUUUUUUUGUAAUUAAAAUAAAGAAAUGAGUUACAAAGUGGAAUGCGAGUUUCGGUCCAUUUAUUUAUUUUUGUUAAAGAAUAUCAAACCGAUUUUAUUGAAAAAAAAGGUUGGUUUUUACAUUAGGGGCCCAAUCACAAGAUAUAAGUGUCAUAGUAAUAUAUGUAAAACACCAAAACGAUCAUCAUCCGCGUUUAAAACAACAUAAAAAAAAAA